UCGUCUCCCUCCACUGAGCGCUCCCUUUCUCUCAUUCUCUUCUCAGUCCUCUCCUCCAUUGCGCUCCCUCCUCCCUCAAUAAGAUACAUCCGCCCUUGUUGCUAAUCUCAUCUCGCCUCCUAUUGGCCUCGCCCCUGCCAACUGACUGCUCUAUUGGUGGCCGUGGACAUUUUGGAUUCCGAUCCAUUUGUGUUGAUUGAACCCAGGGUUGGAUCGUGGGGUUCUGAAUCCAGGGUACGGAGAUUCCAAACAAUUUACUCUCUUGACUGCUGUUGGACUUCCUCUGCUCCUCGUCCCCGCUUCCUCCCAGUCUCCUCCAUUGCGCUGCCCGGAACAGAUCGAUCCGCCUUGUUGCUGAUCUCAUCCAACCUCCGUGGACAUUUCGGCCGCUGCGUCUUGCUCUGUUCUGCUCUGCUGAUGGCCAUCCGACGCUGACGCCGCCACUGUUUUCUAAUCUACCGUGAAGCAUCAAAGGUUUCCGGUCAUUAUUCAGAGCACCAUGCAUAGAAUCCACUGACCCGGCUAUAAGUUCUUAUAAGUUAUUUGGUGCCCAGCCGCUUCGUUGUCCCCACAGCGCGACCAUUGGCCAUUUGUGUUCUACUCUCCUGUGAAGCAUCAAAGGUUUCCAGCUGAUUGAUCCGGCGAGCUCUCAUGGAUAUUGUCACGGGUGCCAUUGCCAAGCUGAUCCCCAAGCUGGCCGACCUACUUGUGGGGGUGUACAAGCUGCACAAGAACGUCAAGAAAAAUAUCGAGGACCUCCUGAAGGAGCUUGAGAGCAUGAACGUUGCCCUCGUCAAGAUUGGUGAGGUGCCGCGGGACCAGCUCGACAAACAAGACAAGCUCUGGGCCGAUGAGGUCAGAGAGCUAUCCUACAUCAUUGAGGAUGUCAUCGAUAAGUUCCUCGUACGAGUCAACCACAUUCAGCCAGACGACACCACAAACAAAUUCAAGCGGCUCAUGAAGAGGACGACCAAGUUGCUGAAGAAAGUCAAGGAUAAGUAUGGGAUAGCUCACGCAAUCAAGGACAUCCAGGAGCAACUCCAGAAGGUGGCCGCUAGGCGUGACAGGAACAAGGUAGUUGUUCCUAAUCCUACGGAACCAAUUUCUAUUGAUCCUUGUCUUCGAGCUUUGUACACAGAAGCGACAGAGCUGGUUGGCAUAUAUGGGAAGAGGGAUCAGGAGCUCAUGAGGUUGCUCUCCAUGGAGAGAGAUGAUGCCUCUAACAAUAGAUUGAAGAAGGUCUCCAUUGUUGGAUUUGGAGGGUUGGGCAAGACCACUCUUGCUAGAGCAGUAUAUGACAAGAUUAAAGGUGAUUUUGAUUGUCGGGCAUUUGUUCCCGUCGGUCAGAACCCUGACAUGAAGAAGGUUUUAAGGGAUAUUCUCAUUGAUCUCGGCAACCCUCACUCAGAUCUUGCGAUACUGGAUGCCAAUCAGCUUAUUAAAAUGCUUCAUGAGUUCCUAGAGAACAAAAGGUAUCUCGUCAUAAUUGAUGAUAUAUGGGAUGAAAAAUUGUGGGAAGGCAUCAACUUUGCUUUCUCCAGCAAGAAUAAUCUACGCUGUCGGCUAAUCACCACAACCCGCAUUGUUAGUGUCUCCAAUUCAUGUUGCUCGUCCGCUGAUGAUUCAGUUUAUCAAAUGAAACCUCUUUCUAGUGAUGACUCCCGAAGGCUCUUCCAUAAAAGAAUAUUUCCUGACGAUAGUGGAUGUCCAAAUGAAUAUGAACAAGUGUCUAAAGAUAUAUUGAAGAAAUGUGGUGGGGUACCACUAGCCAUCAUUACUAUUGCUAGUGUUUUGACUAGUGACCAGCAGGUGAAAACAAAGCAUGAGUGGGAUAUUCUGCUCCAGUUCCUUGGCUCUGGACUAACAGAAGAUAACAGUUUAGAGGAGAUGCGGAGAAUACUAUCUUUCAGCUAUUAUAAUCUACCCUCUCAUCUGAAAACUUGUCUACUGUACCUAUGUAUAUAUCCAGAAGAUACCAUGAUUGAUAGAGAUAGACUCAUAUGGAAGUGGGUGGCCGAAGGAUUUGUCCACCAUGGAAAGCAAGGGACCAGCCUGUUUUUGGUCGGAUUGAACUACUUCAACCAGCUCAUUAAUAGAAGUAUGAUCCAGCCAAUAUAUAAUGAUCUAGGCCAGGUAUAUGCUUGUCGUGUACAUGAUAUGGUUUUGGGCCUUCUCUGCAACUUGUCACAUGCAGCAAAGUUUGUCAAGUUAUUGGAUGGCACUCGGUAUAACAUGUCUUCACAAAGUAAUGUUCGUCGUUUGUCCCUUCAAGAUGGAAAUGAAGAUCAGCAAAUCAUGCCUCUCACAAAUUUUGUAAGGUCAAUUACUGUCUUCCCACCUGCUGUUAGUAUCAUGCCAGCUCUAUCAAAGUUUGAAGUUCUGCGUGUACUUGAUCUGUCAGACUGUUAUCUGAAAAGAAGUAGCAGCCUACAGCUUAACCUCAAGGAUGUUGGACACUUAAUUCACCUAAGGUACCUUGGUCUAGCACGUACUGGAAUUAGUGAACUCCCAGCUGAGAUAGGAAACCUGCAGUUUUUGGAGGUGCUGAAUAUUGGAAGUAGUUCUCAGCUAAGUAGAUUGCCGUCGAUUGUUUGCAAGUUGAGAAGAUUACUCUGCCUAAAUGUUUGUCUCUCUGAGGUGGUUCCAGCUGGUGUGUUGCAGAAUCUUACGUCCAUCGAAGUGUUGAAGAAUAUCUUGGUCUGUCUGAACGUUAUUGCACAAGAGCUUGGCAACCUAGUAAGGCUGAGGGAGCUUGUGGUUUCCUUCAAGAAUGGUAGUUUGCAUUUGUAUGAAGGUUUCGUGGAGUCUCUGUGCAACCUACAUCACAUCGAAAUUCUAAGUAUUUAUCGCCAUUCCAGUGAAACAUCUUUUGAGCUGAUGGAUCUCUUGGGAGAACGUUGGGUGCCUCCUGUACAUCUCCGCGAAUUUAUAUCUUGGAUGCCCAGCAAACUCUCUGCACUUCGAAGGUGGAUAAAGAAAGACCCCUCGCAUCUCUCAAACCUCUCCGAGUUAACCCUCUCGCGAGUGAAUGAUGUGCAGCAGGAGGACGUGGAAAUCAUUGGGAGGUUGUUGUCCCUUCGUCGUCUCCGCAUAAAGAGCACCCACCAAACACAACGGUUGUUAGUCAUCCGUGCAGAUGGGUUCUGCUGUAUGGUAGAAUUUAUCUUGUAUUGUGGGUCAGCAGCACAAAUAAUGUUUGAACCAGGAGCUUUGCCGAGGGCGGAAAAAGUUAGGUUCAGCCUUGGCGUGCACGUGGCGAAAGAGGAUGGUAACUAUGGUUUUGACUUGGGCCUGCAGGGGAACCUGCUCUCCCUUCGGAGGGAGGUCUGCGUUUAUUUGUGUUGUGGUGGAGCGAGGGUUGGGGAUGCCAAGGAAGCAGAGGCUGCGGUGAGGCACGCGCUGGACGGCCAUCCCAACCAUCCAUGGAUUGGAAUUGAAAUGAACCCGAAUAUAGCACAAGGUGCUCAUGACGACGAUUUCUGUAAGGACGUGGUGGAGAACUGAUUUCUGACGCAAAGCUCUCACAUUACAUAAGAUGUGCUCUCGGUAGCUGUAGCAGGGACACGCAGGUUACUGCUGGUGGCAUUCGUGAUGUUUCACAAACGUCGGGUGGGCGCCAAUUAUGCAAAGAAUUGAAGAAUGAAAAAGUUUCGAGCUACGCUGGAAGUUAAUUGUGUGACGAGCUUCUUUUAAAUGGCAGUCAGCUUUCAGAAAGAGAUUGUCUGGUUUUUGUAAUAGACUAAGUAGAGGUGUUGGAGUGAGUUGAUCUCUUACAAGGAUAGCUUGAUUUACUUUGGGAGAGCCGUCAUUAUUGCUUUGGCUGAGGGUGUAUCUUAUAUUUA